AUGUCCGAGUCACUGUUAUCGCGCAUCCUUCCGACCAUCCACUGUGACACUAACGCGGGCUCUGGGUCGUCUUCAAUAACUAACUCGGCCCUCAAGAGCGUCCGGAGUGUAGUGGCUACUCCAGAAAGCGAAUUAAAGCGCUGGAAGCGUGUCUUUGAGGGAAAUGCAAAAGUAGUGGUUAAUGGCGAAAAGUUCCUUGACCCAGAAAGCUUUGUCGAUGCUAUAGCUCCGAAGAGUGACCUCACAAAAGUCGCUCGUGCCCAAUUUACUAUCCUUUUCCGUGUUGCCGAUACCUCAAGGCGGGGCUUGGUAUCUUGGGAUGACUUCACCGUCUUCGAGACUCUGCUGAAGCGUCCCGACGCAGACUAUUGGAUCGCUUUUCAGUACUUCGAUGCCGACAGCUCUGGUACUAUAACUUAUGAUGAAUUCAUACAUGUGUUCACGGCCAACGUUGGGCCCGAUGUCAUUCCUUUCGAUUUUGAUUGCGACUGGGUUAAACUAUAUCUAGGAAAAAAGAAUGGCACACACGUCUUAGGGUAUAAUGAGUUUACGCAGUUGAUGAAGGGUUUGCAAGGAGAACGUCUUCGUCAAGCCUUCAAAUACCUCGACUCGGAUCAGGAUGGUUUUAUUCGACCUGACCAGUUUAAGCAGAUCGUACUGGACAUCGCAGGUCACAAACUCUCGGACGCGGUGAUAGAGCGGUUGCCGACGUUAUGUACGUUGUCACCAGGAGGCAAGAUAUCAUAUUCUGAAGUCGUUGCAUUCCAUAACGUUGUCCGAGAGAUGGACAUGGUUGAACGUAUUCUUCGGGAGGCCACUGCAAAAUCCAAAGAUGGACGAAUUGACCAGUCCGAUUUCCUAAAUCACUCCGCCGCAAAUGCUCGGUAUUCUCUAUUCACCCCGAUGGAAGCUUCCAUAAUUUUCCACUUUGCCGGAAGGGGAAGUGGUGGGAAACGGCUGGCAUUGGUGGAAUUUGCGCAAUUGCUGCAUCCGCGAUGGAGAGCUCCUCACGAAGAACAAGCCGUGAAGCCUACAAGCAAGGGAGACUCGUUUGUCGAAGGUCUCCUGCAUUCCGCAUAUAAUUUUGUUCAAGGAGGUGCAGCCGGGGCAUUAGGUGCCACUAUAGUCUACCCAAUUGACAUGGGUAACAUGCAAAAUCAACGUAGUACCGUUGUCGGUCAGAUGUUGUACAAGAACAGUAUUGAUUGUGCCAAGAAGAUAUUCCGUAACGAAGGGUUCCUUGGUUUUUAUCGUGGUUUGGGUCCUCAGCUUAUUGGUGUCGCGCCUGAAAAAGCUAUUAAACUUACUGUGAACGAUCUCAUUCGUGGUCGCACUACGGAUCCCGAAACUGGUCGUAUCAAGCUAGCAUGGGAACUGUUUGCCGGCGGCGCUGCUGGUGGUUGCCAAGUGGUGUUUACUAACCCUUUGGAAAUUGUCAAAAUUCGUCUCCAAAUUCAAGGAGAGGCAGCUAAAUUAGAGGGAGCUGUACCGAAAGGGGCUAUACAUAUUGUGCGCCAAUUGGGUAUAUUUGGUUUGUAUAGAGGAGCAAGUGCAUGCUUACUCCGCGACAUUCCAUUCUCCGCUAUCUAUUUCCCUGCGUAUGCACAUUUGAAGAAAGACGUUUUCCGUGAAGGUUACAAUGGAAAGCAGCUGUCGUUCCUGGAAACUCUUGGUUCAGCUGCUAUCGCUGGUAUGCCCGCGGCGUACUUUACGACACCAGCAGAUGUUGUAAAAACUCGCCUUCAGGUGGAAGCACGUCAAGGUCAAACUAACUACAAGGGGCUAACUGAUGCAUUCAUCAAAAUAUACCGGGAGGAAGGUUUCCAGGCUCUAUUUAAGGGUGGACCGGCUCGAGUUGUUAGAAGCAGUCCUCAGUUCGGAUUCACUUUGUUGGCCUAUGAGUAUUUACAUAAGUAUCCGUGGCAAGAAAAAUCACAGGGGGUGGAAACUGUACUUACGGCAUCCACGCAAGAUGAUAUGUCCAGGAUACGUGCACGGAAUGCUCUCAAGAUUUUAUUAGAUGUUCAUGGAGAAUUUGGGCGCCGUGCGGCCACAGUAUCUUUACCGUUGAUUCGCUCCUCGUCUUCAUGA